AUGGCAGAAGCGAGAGUUAUACGACGUUCAAAAAAUGACGUUCAAACAGAACUUUCAUCGUAUAAUGAACUAACUCAAGAUUCAACAACUGUCGAUAAACGAAAAGCUCAAUAUAAAACGUUAGUAGAGAAUUAUUAUAGUUUAACAACAGAUGGUUAUGAAUAUGCAUGGGGUAAAAGUUUUCAUUGUGCCAAUCGAUUUCGUGGUGAAACAUUCGCAGAAUCAAUUCAACGACAUGAGU